UUUCUCACUGAAGAAUCUCCAUUCUCAAGGUAAGAUACUUUUCAAAAUAUACCCUCCCAGUAUGCUGCUGUUCAAACUAUAAAUGUCUACUUUAUACAUAAAUGCUUGUGUCUAUCUUACUGUAUGUGUAAUACAUGUUUACCUUAAGUGUCUUUGUGUAAUAAUAAAUAGCACAGUUAUUUAGAGAUGAAUCACCCAAAAAAAAUCACUUCUGUAUUGUAAGUGUAAGACAUUUUCCUCAAUUCCAGAUGUGGCUUUUUUUCUCUUCCUGACUUUCUCUGCCUCUCUCUUCUGUUCUUUCCUCUCCUUGUUUAGUUUUGUCACCAUGAAGGUAGCAUUGUUUGUACUGGUGCUCCUCUGCGUGGCUGGAAUGCUGCAUGCUGAGGCCUCAGACCAGUCUGGAGAGAACAGGUAAGAUUCCCAUCCUGCGUUUGAGAUGUCUGAUCAUUUAAUGUUGAUGUGGAGUCCCCUGCAUUAUCUAAUAUCUCCAUUCCUCUCUCAUGUUUGUGUUUAUGUCUGCUUGUCAGUCUCACAGAAAAUAGACAGGGUUUGGGGAGAAGAUAUGCUGAGUCAACCAUUGCCAGUGACAUGAGCAAAAUCAUGGACUCCAUGGUGCAGAAGAAUUUUGUCAACUUCCUGCUCAACCAGAAGGAGAAAAAGAGCACGUAAGUAAAAUUGACCAUAGAGUUUGAAAUUACUAUAAUUGCUACAGUUCAGAACUUGAUAAAUUGCAGAAACUGAGAGCAAAUUCAGUCACUGGCAACGACUAUAAUCAAAUAUAAAAAACUGUCAUAGGUCUAAUGUCACUCCGGUGGAAGAUCCAGAGGCUCGCCUGUACAACAAUCUCCUGAAAAAGCUUGCACUGUGCAUCCGCAGCAAGGGACACAGAUCCAUGUGAGUUCAUUCUGUGAAGAUAUUAACUUCAAUAUAAAUUGUUGCCAAAUUAUUUGUUGUGUGAAAUUGGCUUUAUUAUAAUGUUUUCCAAUUUGUUUCCUCACAACAGGACCCAUUGAUGUUUGAAAGAAUAUCAGCAAAUUACCAACAUAGGCGAGACAGUAAUGUAAAGAGAAUCCUGAAGUCAACCACAACAUUAUGACAAUUUAGAGAAAAAUUUAUGCUUUUUAUUUUGUUAUGAAUCCAGAAUGUCUUACCUUUUUCAUCAAUAAUUGCUGAGGGGAAAUAAAAUUAUUGAACUAUUAAACAAAGAUUGGC